GCAUGAUUAGACUCCACUGUAAACAUUAUGGGGUAUGAACUAUAUAACCUGUAAUUUAUUUCCCCCCCUAAUGUUAAAUAUGAUACCAAGGUAAAGAGUCAUUAUUUUCUUUAUAUACCUCACACCAUGUGAAUCUCAUCAACCAAACUUGACACUGUAGGUGACAGUGAGCACGUCAUCAUGUUUCCAUAAGUAGGACGUACAGUGUCACUUCAGGCUGGCCAAUCAAACACAGUCUUGUCUCUUAAGAGUGGAGAAAAGAUUGAGAUUUCUCUCAUUCAACACAAGAAUACGAAGACGAUGACAUCUCCAAAGUUUCUCUUGUAUCUGGCUUUUUUCUUCUUGGGCAAAAUGGCUCAUAUGUCCGUUCAGGAAUUGUCAUCUGUUCGUCAAGAGAGACGUAUUGUAUCAGCUAAUGUUGGAGACAAGGUAACUCUGCGAUGUUUCUGUGAAGGUGAAGCUGCAUGGCUUUACUGGUAUAAGCAAACUCUGGGACAGAAACCAAGACUCAUCUCAACCAUCUAUGUGUAUGGUAUAAAAAUCACUUUUUAUAAUGAAUUUAAGAACAAUUCACGCUUCAGAUUGGAUACUGCAGACAAAAACUUGACAAUUUUUGAUUUAAAUAUCUCAGACUCGGCUACUUACUACUGUGCAACUAGCAAUGCAGUUGUCUUGGAUUUUGCAGAGGGCACUAUUAUCAAUGUAAAAGGUUCAGAUUUGAAGGACCCAGCUUGGGUCCAUCAGUCAUCAUCUGAGAGCAUCCAGCCAGGAGGCUCUGUGACUCUGGACUGUACAGUAGACACUGGGACCUGUGAUGGAGAACACAGUGUUUACUGGUUCAAGAACUCUGAAGAAUCUCAGCCAGGACUCAUUUACACCCAUGGAGGCAGGAAUGAUCAGUGUGAGAGGAAACCCAACACACAAACACACACCUGUGUCUACAAGCUGCCGAUGAAGAGUCUGAAUCUUUCUCAUGCUGGGACUUACUACUGUGCUGUUGCCUCAUGUGGACACAUUCUGUUUGGAAACGGGACCAAGCUGAAGUUCGAAGAUGAGGUGGACUCUCCUGUCUUGGUGUAUUUCUUGACAUUCACCACCAUCCUGAGUGUUUUACUGGCUUUCUUAAUGUGUAUGAUGAACAACAGAAACCGCUGCCUGUAUUCCUCCAAAACAAAGACGAACGCAUCAAAGACGCAGAGAGACGACACCUGGACUGAAUGUGUGUACUUUAGUGUGAAGCAGUAGAGAUGGCCAUGUUUUAUCUCUGUCUCUGGGUAAUACAUGAACACAUUUGUCUCACUUUAAUAGUGUAAUGUAGCGGUUUUGUAAAUAUGAUGUUAAAAUUUGAAGAAGCUGUGUUUCACUAAUGUGACACUUUGUAUCAGGGCUCUGCAAUUAAUCCAAUUUUGAUUGCAAUUUCAGCUCCAACGAUCACAAAAACAAUGUAACCGAGAAAAGCUAUUAUGCAAAUUACAUUUAGAAAGUACACUCUUUUUGUCUUGUCCUGCUAUUUGAACAU